AUGCCGAGGCUGCAUCCACGUCCCCGACCACUCGGAGCCGCCACAAUCCUCCACCCACCACUGCCCCACCUCUGCCAUCGCCACUGGCCGGAGGAAAAAACACUGGCACACCCCAAUCCCAACACCGUAGAAAAAGAGAAGAAGGUUGGAAGUGCAGUGGAGCUCUUGCCGUCCGACACCAACGUCACCGAACGACCGAAGCACCCUCCACCCGACCACCCGACCGAAGCCGCCACAAUCCUCAUCCCACCACUGCCCCACCUCUGCCAUCACCACUGGCUAGGGGAAAGAGCAAUGGUCCAGCCCCAGACCCACUCCGUAUGGAAGGGGAAGAAGAAAGAAAACAUAGCAGGACUCCAGCCGUCCGACGGCAUCGCCGACAAACACCCACACCACCAUCACCAUGCCUCAGGAAGCCCGAAAAAAGAUAAAAGCACGAGAGCUGGAAACUGA